AUGAGACCUUUGGUGCAUUGUUCUGGAGCUGCCAUGAUUCUAAAAGCCAAAGGAAGGAGCUACCCUCACCUUCUUGUGGACAGAGAGGGUGCAACCCCUGUGUCUGUGCUUCAGCUGCCUUCAUACUGUGGCUAUAUUGUGAAGGCAACGUGGAGAGAGCUGGUCCUGAUGGCUCCAUAUGAUGGAUGCUACAUUGUAAAACAGAAUGGAAGUUAUGUUUUGCCGUUGUUGUGGUGGGGAAGACCUGUAAAGGUUUCAUGCCCUAUGACUCCUGGUUCUGCUCGGUCCAAUCCAUCUGGCUUCUGCUCUCAAUUUGGCAUGGCCAUAAAGAUAAGUGGACCAACGAGAAACACUGAGAAGUUUUACAUCAAAGCAAAUGAGGAGUGGGUGCCUCUGGAGUCCAAUACAUGUGCAUUUCUUGUAAAUUUGCCACCUGAACUGAUCCUCUUCAUCCCUUUUACAGCUUCGUGUGCCAAGAAUGGGAAUCGUACCUUUAAUGUCCUCCUGGAUUGGAACGAGUACACACUCUCCUGUCAGUCAAUGGAACUUCUUCCUUCUUUACCAAUGCAGUAUCAUCAUCAUUCUUCAUUUUCUCAACCAAUCCAUCCACAUUCCUCUCAGAUUUUACCUUUAGAUGUUACUCAUAGUAAAAUUGCUCAGGUUCCCCAGUCUGUUCAACAAUCUGAUCAUAUUAAACAGACUCAGGUACCUCAGUCUGUUCAAGUGCCUCAGAAUGUUCAACAGACUCAAGUUCCCAAACCUGCUCAGGAUCCUCAAUCUGUUAAGCCUGUUCAGGAUCCUCAAUCUGUUAAGCCUGUUCAGGAUCCUCAGUUUGUUAAGCCUGCUCAGGAUCCUCAGUUUGUUAAGCCUGCUCAGGAUCCUCAACCUGUAAGGCCUGCUCAGGAUCCUUGGUCUGUUAGGCCUGCUCAGGAUCUUCAACCUGUUCAGCCUGCUCAGGAUUCUCAGCCUGUUCAGCCAGCUUCAGUUUCCCAGUCUGCUCAGCCACCUCUAGUUUCCCAACCUGUCCCGCCCUUUCAGUCUCCAGUUGGGCAUUACGAACCAAUGAUGCCUAUGAUGUACCCCCCUUAUUUUAAUUAUCCAAUAAAUCCAUACAUGUACCCAUAUUAUGCUCCUUACUACCAUCACAAACACAUGCCACCAAUUUCACAGCAUUAUCCCAAAUCCACAAGUGAAAAAAUGUCAGCAGUGGCACAAACUCCAAAGCAACAAACUGUUCAGUGGCCUCUUCCUGCCAGGCUACCCCCUAAUGUGCAACCUGCUCACAUACCUUGGUGGCCUCAAGCUCCUCAACUUCCUUUGGUGCCUCAGGGGCCUCAAUUUCCUCUGGUGCCGAAUGCUGCUCAGCCCACUCAGGUGCCUCAAACGACACAAGUGCCUCAACUACCUCUUGUGCAUCAACUUCCAUCUAGAUUUCCAGUGUUCCCAAAUGCUUCUUCCAAGAUGUCACCAUCCCUCACCUGCACAGAGGAUCAUUUAGUAGUAGAGUUGCCUUCAGCAAAAAUGGAAUCUAUUAAAGUCAAAGAUUUGAAGAAGAAUGUUUGGGUGCUAGUGACCUCUACUCCAGCAAGCUGUGGGUACUCAGUACAGCGUGAAGGCAAGGGUGCAGUGUUCUCCUCCCCUAUUCCUGCCUGCCACUCGCAUGUUGUGUCCUCCUUGCGAAUUGCUCUUAUUUUGAAGUUUUGGAAUCUUUCUCUUCAGCGACAUCAUGUUUUACAACUUCAGUGCCCCUACUCGCCACCACCUUCUACAACAACUAUGUCACCUGCACCUUGUAUUGAGUCAACCAGUAUGGUGCUCAAACCCACAUCUCCUUCUCAACAAUCAGGGCCCAGUGGCUCACUUUCUAAUGAUCAAAAACCAAUGUACCAGCCCAGCAAUUCAAGAUCAAAGAAACCGCCUUUUCAGCAGCAGCAACCACUUGUCCCCUUCAAACCCACAGUCAUGACUUUAGAUCUAACCAAAGAGACAAAGCCAACUAUUUCUCUCCCUCUUUCUUCCGAUGGCCAUAAACCUCAAGUCCAGUGCCACACUCAGGAAAUGAGCGUUAUGUUACCUCCUGGACCAAUCUCAGACUUGACAGUUCAAACUCCUCUUGGUGCCAAGAAUAACAUAAAAGCAGUGCUGCUCGAGGAAGCCCCGAAUCAUUGUGGAUACAUAAUAAAUAAGAACCAACAUGGACGCAUCAUCAUCCAUCUGCCUUAUAAAUCCUGUCAUAUGGAUAAUCAGGAUGGACAGUACCAGAUCGUUCUGACAUACCAGUCAGCAGAUGGUCGUACAUUUGAGGCCUUAUUGUCGUGCCAAGUUCCCUCAAGUCAUGAAUGCAGUCUGCCAAUUGAGCAGCGGUUACCCUGUGGACCCAGUUCUGUUGGAGCUACAGAGUGCAGAGAGCUGGGCUGCUGUUUUAGUCCAGUUACUUCUACCUGCUACUACCCCAUGGAUGAAUGCACGUCCGAUCGCCAUUUUGUCUUUUCCAUACCGGCGACUCUUAUGGACCCACCCCUUUUGCCUACACUGUUGGUGGCUGCUGGCAACACUUCAUGUACUCCUCAGAGGGUGGUGAAGGGCUUGGCUCUCUUUAAAAUUCCACUGGAUGGUUGUGGUGCUCAUAAAUAUGAAGUGGGUAAGACUGUGAUUUACAUGCUGGAGAUUUUGAACAAGCUUCAGUCCCUAAGUCUAAACUACGGAACUAUAACCAGAGAUUCUCCUUUUAGGUUGUUGGUUGAGUGUCGGUAUCUGCCUGGCUCUGUGGCCAGUGUGGGUUACCUGGUGAAAAGUCCCUCUCUCGGCCCGUCCAUCCAGGCCCAGGGCGUGUUUGGAGUUCAGCUCAGGAUUGCUAAAGACCAGCAGUACAGUAGCUACUACCCACAAUACCACCGGCCCCUGCGCAAGCUGCUGGGGAAACCUCUUUACCUGGAGGUGCGUUUGCUGAACCCUCCUGACCCCAGUGCAGUGUUACUGGUGCAUUAUUGUGUGGCUUACCCCCGUUCAGCCCAGUCUGCAUGGGUCCUCAUAUAUGAUGGGUGUCCAAAUCCCUUUGAUUUAAUCUCUACCCAUGAGCCUCCUCAAGUUCCGCCAGAAGAUAUGGCGAAUCACGUGAGACGAUUUACUGUCAACACGUUCCAGUUCCUGCAAAGUGGCAAGAUAGAUGAGAAUCCUGGCGAGGAAGAGGAGGAGGAAGAGAUCUAUUUUAUGUGUGCCACCGAGGUGUGUUUGCCCUCUGAAGGACCAUGUGUAGAGGGCUGUUUUGACCGAAUUGAUGAUUUCCCACCAGCGAAGUCCGAUGAUGAUGCAGGAGUCUUCAUAAACACAUCUGACAUGUAAAGUGUACAAAAUAACUAAAUUCUGGUACUAUUUACUAAAAUAAACCUUCAAAAAUA